AUGAACAAUGACAUUAGUCCAGACUUGAACGUGUUAACUGCAUGGCGUCGUGGCUUCUCAGGAAAAGGUGUGGUGGUAACUAUCCUGGAUGAUGGAAUUGAGAGAGAUCACCUGGAUCUAGAAGCAAAUUUUGAUACCAUGGCAAGCUUUGAUUUCAAUGAUAAUGACCCUGAUCCUCAACCACGAUAUACCCCUUCUAAUGAGAACAGCCAUGGAACACGUUGUGCUGGAGAAGUGGCUGCAGUAGCAAAUAAUAACGUCUGUGGUACAGGGAUUUCAUACAAUGCAAGAAUAGGAGGCAUCCGGAUGCUCGAUGGGUUGAUCACUGAUAUUAUUGAAGCUCGGUCUCUGAGUCUGAAUCCACAGCACAUUCACAUCUACAGUGCAAGCUGGGGACCAGAGGAUGAUGGAAUGACUGUGGAUGGACCAGGCAUUUUAGCUAUGGAAGCCUUUUAUAGGGGAAUAGUACAUGGACGUGGUGGACUUGGUUCCAUUUUCGUUUGGGCAUCUGGAAAUGGUGGUCUGCAUUAUGAUGACUGUAAUUGUGAUGGCUACAGCAAUAGUAUAUACACUCUGUCUGUUGGCAGCACCACUGAGAAUGGAGAAAUUCCAUGGUAUAGUGAGGCUUGCUCUUCCAUACUCACUACUACAUUUAGCAGUGGCAAAAAGAAAGAAAGGCAGAUUCCCACCACUGACCUGCGCAACCGGUGCACUGAACACCACACAGGAACAUCAGCAUCUGCACCUUUAGCUGCUGGGAUAAUUGCCCUUGCACUGGAAGCAAAUCCUGCCCUCUCUUGGAGGGAUGUCCAGCACAUUGUGGUGAGAGCAUCAAGUCCUGCAAAUCUGGUUGUCGAUGACUGGAAGGUAAAUGGAGUUGGGAGAAAAGUGAGUCAUCAUUAUGGUUAUGGGCUUUUGGAUGCUGGAAAACUGGUGGAUCUUGCCCAGAAGUGGGAAAUGACGCAUCCUCAGAGAAGAUGUGGGGUCAACAUUGUGAACAGUCCUCAGAAACUGUCUUCUGGGCUUAUUAUAAGCAGAAACAUCAGUGCCUGCGUUGGAUCUCCUAACUAUAUCCUGUCCCUAGAACAUAUCCAGGUCCAAAUCUCCCUUAGUUAUACACGGAGAGGUGAUCUUGAAAUUUUCCUCACCAGUCCGAUGGGCACACGUUCUGUUCUGGUAUCUCUGAGACCAUAUGACAUGAACAGUGCGGGUUACAGAAAAUGGAAUUUUAUGACAACCCACAGCUGGGAUGAGAACCCACAGGGUACAUGGACCCUAGAGCUAGUGAACAAAGGAAACUUCUGGAACAAUGGAUUCUUAAACAGUUUCACGCUAGUUCUUUAUGGCACUGAUGAAAAUGUAAUGGCUAGAAAAAUAUCUGAGCCUGUGUUGCGGGACUGUGUGACUCGUGACCUCAAUGGAACAUGUCUGGAAUGUGAAUUGCCAUUUUAUGCCUUUGGACACUUUUGCAUUACUUACUGCCCUUCAAAAUAUUUCAAGACAUUGCAGCCUAUUCGGUCAAAUGAAAAAUUGUCUGUGAUUCUUCAAAGUGCCCGUACCUGUGCUCCUUGUCACUAUUCAUGCUACACCUGCAGGGGACCCUCUGCUAAUAAUUGUACUGCCUGCCCACUCUUUUCUUCAUAUAAUGAAAAAGAACAUUCCUGCUCACAGCCUUCCUAUCCAGGGAUAGAUCUCAGUACCAGUAAACCCGGGGAAGUCUUAAGUUUUGCCAUAAUUAUAGCCAUGGUUUUAGGAGGCAUGGUGUUCUUGGUCUGCCUUGUUUCUUCACUUUUCCUACUGUUAAGCAGAAUACGUGUCUACAGAUUCUCAUCCACUAAUUUGUCACACACCCCUGGCCUGGAAAUGUGCAAUCUCCAAAGUUAG